AACACAUAGAGAAACGUUUCGAUUCUUUUCUCUCUCUCCCUCUCUUCUCUGCGCCAACUCCUCCUUCGAUCAGCUACCCAGAAUCUCUCUCUCUCUCUCUCUCUCUCUCUCCCUCUCUCUGUGUUUCUUCAGAGGGUGCUGCAAUGGCAAAGAAGAGGGAAGAGAGAGAGAUGAAUGCCUACCUGGAUGGGAUAAUAGAUGCCAUGCCUGUGUUUGCCAAGGAGCUGAUUGCUGGUGGUGUUGCGGGUGGUGUUGCAAAGACUGUUGUUGCACCACUUGAGCGUAUCAAGAUUUUGUUUCAGACCAGAAGAGCAGAGUAUCAGAGCAUAGGGCUGUUUGGAUCCAUUAAGAAAAUUGCAAAGACAGAAGGGCCUUUGGGUUUCUACAGAGGAAACGGAGCUAGUGUUGCAAGAAUUGUUCCCUAUGCAGCUUUGCAUUAUAUGACCUACGAACAAUACCGCAGAUGGAUUAUUCUCACCUUUCCUGACGUGGGGCGUGGACCUGGUCUAGAUCUUGUGGCAGGGUCUUUUGCUGGAGGAACAGCUGUGCUUUUUACUUAUCCUCUUGAUUUAGUUCGGACUAAGUUGGCUUAUCAGGUUGUUGGUUCACCGAAGUUAAAUGUUCAAGGGGUGGUAAAUACUGGACAAAUUUAUAAAGGAAUUCUUGAUUGUUUCUCAAAGACUUACAGAGAGGCUGGACUUAGAGGCCUCUAUCGCGGUGUUGCUCCAUCACUUUAUGGAAUCUUCCCAUAUGCCGGUUUGAAGUUUUACUUCUAUGAGGAGAUGAAGCGCCAUGUCCCUCAGGAGCACAAGAAGAGUAUUAUGGUCAAACUUGUAUGUGGUUCUGUUGCUGGUCUAUUAGGUCAGACUUUUACAUAUCCCCUCGAUGUGGUGAGGAGGCAAAUGCAGGUUCAACGAAUCGUGUCAUCAAACAGUCCAGAGAUGAAAGGGACAAUGGAAGUCCUUGUCAUGAUCGCUCAGAAGCAAGGAUGGAAGCAAUUAUUUUCAGGACUUAGCAUCAAUUACUUGAAGGUCGUACCAUCUGUAGCAAUCGGGUUUACAGUUUACGAUGUUAUGAAGUCCUACCUUCGAGUUCCUUCAAGGGAUGAAGCCGUGACAAAAUUGGUAACCAACAAAAGAAAUACCCAUCCAUCCUCCCUUCACUCCUAGUUACUUUUUCUUCCAAUUUUUCACUUCAAGUAACAGUCCUGCACAAUUGAUUGGGAGCUUUUCCUUCCCUUUUGAAUUGUCAAUUAGGUUGACUUUUUGUACCAUUCAUGCCAUUUUCAGCUGUACAUUUCAUUCUUUGGAGCUGAAUAAUAGCCCCUCGGUAGGUUAAACCCCUCCCUUACACAUCCUACAAGCUCUAGUUUCAUUGAUUAAGUUAGCAGAAAUCAUCAAUUAGGCUACCUUGUAUAUUUAGGAGAGACGAUUCUCUUGCAAUGUACAUAUGGAGAAUUUUGACCCCUGUAAUCGUUCUUAAUUGAAUAAUAAGGUUUGAGUAA